AUGUUGUGUUUUAAAUUGUUUCUCUUCAAGUUUAAUCCACUCUGGGCCGGACCUGGACGUUAUUCUCUUUAUGGCUCCUAUUGGAAUUUAUCCCCCGACGCAAGUUCAGCAGCCAGACGUCCACCCCCUCCCACAAAUUCCAAACAACAACAACGUUCUUCCUCUUCUUCCGCCAUGGAAAUGAUUUCUUCCCCUCGUAGCAGUCAAGAAAGUAAUAAAUCACAACAACAAUCUUCUGUAUUUACUGGAUAUGCCCAACAAAUAUCUGGACACCACAAACCUUUUGGAAAUAAUUCUGGGGAGAAAGAAUCACAACAACAAGAAACUUCUACAGGCGAUCUCUUUCAUCGUAGCCAGCGAAAUUCAGCAAGUAGCGGACAACGUUUUAAUGGAGCACGGCAUUAA